AUGGUCAUUGCCGUUAGUUCUGACAUUAAGGCGGAGGUUUCUGGAACCUUGCAGUCAUUUCUUCUGAAUAUUGGUUAUGAGUUUCCUCCUCUGAAACUACAUCCUGCAGUCGAAGACGAAGUCAAGCUGCAUUUCAAGCAUAACGGAUUCCCAGAGGAAUUUAUUUCAAAGAUAGAGCCUCAGAUCAAGCCCAGCGUUGGAAUUGCAACCACCACUUUCCAAAAGACACCCUUCAACAUACAAUGCACAGUGGCAGUAUUCACUACUUACUGUCUCAUCAUUGACGAUUUUGCCCAUGACCUCGACUUCAGGCAUCACCUCAAGCAAUUCAAUAUCUGCCUUCUGACUCGACAGCCUCAAGGAAGUCCGGUUCUCGAAAGCAUGGGAAAGUUCUUAAGCUCCUUCCAUUCUAUAUUUGGUCAAUUUGCCGGCGACAUGAUUAUCAAGGAUUCAUUACAGUUCAUCAGCGCAUGUUACGCUGAAGCUGAAAGCGAGAAUAUCCAGUUUCCCGCGGAAGCACACCUAUUUCCGAGCUAUUUUCGCCUGAAAGUUGGCGUAGCCGAAGCCUACUCUUUCAUGUUGUUCCCGACGACACAAUUUUCCGAAGCCGAAUGCCUCCAAUACUGCCUACCCCUGAUACCAUAUUUGACAUGGGGGUUUAACUGGAUCAAUGACAUCAUGUCGUUUUAUAAAGAGAUGGUCGAGCAAGACCGCUUCAAUUUUGUCGCGAACUCGGCUAGGUGUAAAGGCGUGACUCAUAUCGAGUCUCUGAAAAAGCUUUGUGAUGAUACAAGCGACCUGAUUCGGACUUUGCGAACGCUCGGAAAGGCUCAUAUUGGGAUUUCGAACGCGAUUGAGGCUUUUGUUUCUGGUUAUGUUACGUACCAUCUGACGCAGAGACGGUAUCAAAUGGGGGACUUAGAUUUGACAUUCGCUCCCAGUGCUAGGAGUUGGCCCAAAGCUCCGGCUGGGAGCAGGGAGUAA